ACUGGUCCUCUGAAUCAAAGACGACCAGUUCUGGCAGGGAGGAUGGGAGGAGACGAGCCCAGACCCCUGGCUCCCCAACUUUAGUCUGUAUUGGCUGGGGGGACCUGACCCAAGGGUUGGAAGUAGAAAGCACAGGAAACCUGGAAGCCUGGAAUGCUAGCCUGGGCCUGGGUCCUGCAGAAGGUUUGGGGAUCAAGGCUCUUAGCCAGAGGGCCUGGCCCGAGGCUGCCCCAGGGAGCGAGGCAUGUGAGGUCUGCUGAGGGCAUGGCAGGUAGAACCCUGGCCCUGUGUGAGGUGAGGCUUGGUUGCCUGGUGACUGUCCCGGGCCAGCCACCUGCUGUCAAAAGGACUCUGUUUGCUGUGCUCUCCCCUCAGCUGCACUCACCCUGGUACCUCUCCUCUUGCCACCAUGUCGCGGCGACUCAACAUAGAUUCUGUGCAGCAGAACUUCUGGAAGGAGGAACUUAUGAGGGAGCAGAAGUUGCGGUGUGAAUGGCACCUCAAGUAUGGGUCGAUGGUGAAGGCCAAGCAGAAGGCUAUGGCUGCAAACCGUCUACCCCUCAAACUGCCCACCCUGUACCCCAAAACCCCACUCUCACCCCCACCUGCCCCCAAAGCAGUCCCUUCCAGAGUCCCCUGCCCUGCCCUGGAGGCUCCUCAGCCGUCAGAAAUGUACCCAGUACUGCCUGCCACUCGGGCCCUGCUGUAUGAAGGCAUCUCCCACGACUCCCAGGGGCGCUGGUGCUAUCUCAACACCCGAAAACGGGACGUGCCAGAGAAGCGCUACCUCUUCCCCAUCACCACCAACUUCACAUAUGGCUGGCAGCUGGGCCCCACUCUGAAGCAAGAAAUGGCCUCCACCAAGAUGUGCCGCGUUGACUCGUUCUUCCGCAAGAACGGGGCCUUCUCCUCGCUUGACCCCCGGGACCUGGUCCUCUGACCUGGGCCAGGCAGCGUGCUUGGGGCUGGAGGAAGUCUCGCGCCACCUGGUGGUGUGUGAGUCCGGCUCUCCCGGGCUCUGAGGCUGCGUUCUGGGCCUUUCUGAAACUACCUCUGAUCUGCAGGCUGCCCUCUUGUUUUUCCUUCUCCUCCACCUCUUUCAUCGUCCCUUUGAAGGCUCAGCAGUGGUUAGAGGGGGUGACCGCUACCCUCCGGGCGCAGGCUCCUCAGCGCCAGGGGGCAGAGUAGCUGCUGGAAGUUCUGUGUUCCUGGGGAGAGAGUGGCCUGUUACCCCAGAUGCCCGGGAAAGCGGACCGCCACCCCGCUACCCCACAAGUCUCUCCCUGCCCCCUCACCUG